AGGGGGCAGUCAACAGUUUCCGGCUGCCUUCGAAAUUUGGAAGAGAACUGCAACUGUUCUUGCAACGGGGAUAGCGAGCUCUUUCAGUGGUUUGUGUUUGCUGUUGAAUGUAACUGCUGGAAAAAGAUAAAAAAUAAACACAAAAUGACUAAGCUGCAGCUCCUGCACCGCGCGCUGAACGAGCGCCUGAUGGCGGCGGUGGAGCAGAUCAUGGAGAUGGUCGGCGGGACGGUGCUGGAGUACGAGGAAGAGACGAUCCGAGCACGGAAAGAAAACGAGGUCCUGAGACGGAGGCUCCGGUGGAUGGAGGGGGCAAACCGAGCCGACUGGCCAGGCCCAUCAGAAACUGUUACGCUUUCCACCACAGACGAGGCCAGUCCAUCCCGGCAAGAUGAGGGAACUGUCAACAUUGGAUGUGGACCGGGAUCAGAAGCUCUUGUGAUCAAAACAGAGUCGACUGAAAUCCCCCUGUGCAGCGUCGGCACAUUACCUCAAAGCAUUGAUCAGGGACCUGACAAUGCCGGGACAGGCGCAGGCAUUGCCUAUGGCCUGGUGGACAGCAUGACCUGGGACUCUGCCCAAAGUUACAUGGCCCCUCUGGACUUUGAUCCGACGUCAGGUCCCAGCAGGGUCCGGCAUUGGAGGGGACAGAACAGAAGGCAGAGGAUGUCCUUUGCCUGUCCAGACUGCGGUAAAGUCUUUGCAAGUAAACAGAGGCUGAUGAUUCAUAUGCGCAUUCAUUCCACCGAGAGGCCUUAUGCGUACCGCCGGCGCAAGGAAUGCUUCUACGGUGACAACAAGAAAAAGAGGAAGCUGCACAGGCUCUCUCAGCUGUCAAGAGAAACUGUGGACGAUCUGUCCGAUGGCUCUGAGCAGAUGAACAGGAGUGAAGAAGAGCCUGAGAGUGACCACAACAACAGUGAUAAAGAACCAGAAAACAGAAUUACCCCCCCUGUGCAGAAACGGCGCAAAAAAAGAGGAGUUGUUAACCAGAUGUGUCGGUGCCCUCAUUGCCCUCAACGGGUGUUUGCUCGGCCCUGUCAGUUAGCCUUGCACAUGAAGACCCACUCAGUCACAGCUCUUAUCAACCUGCCCGCCCGAGCUCAGUCAGGAACUCAGGAGAUAGUGGAUGUGAAAAGGAAAUUACCCAAGAGGCAAAGAAAAAAUGAUGUGGAGAAGGAGGCCAAAGUUGCUGACAAACGUAAGCUCCAAUGUCCAGAGUGUGGCAAGGUCUUCUUACAUGCUGGCUGGUAUCGUGUCCACAUGAGGUCCCAUAACACCAAAAAGGUUUUAUUACGCAGAAGUCUGCAAAUCAAGACUGAGCGGAUUAAAGAAGAAACAACUGUGGCCGUGCCUAAAACUACAGAAGUACAGAAGGUGAAGAAGGUCAAGAAAAAACAUGCCUGCCCGCAUUGUGAUAAAGUGUUUACUCGUGAAGGAUGGCUGGAGCCACACAUUCGCAGUCAGCAUGGGGAACUAAGGAAUAGGAGUGAUUACUUGAACGUGUAUGGCAGUGGCCGUACAAGGUCUCAACAGCUGGCCACCAAGCGAUUACGUAAGCGCAAAACUCAGAAACGGCAAGUCACCAAGAAGAUGAUACUGAAUAGCCAGAAAACUAAAGGAUUGAGAAAGGUCAAGAAUAAACUACGUCAAACAAGUGAUGAUGGGUCCAUCCUGGGUGUUGAUGUGCCAGCAUUCACAAAAGAUGAGGAUGAAGAAAGUGCAGAUCUUCCUAAUACGGCCUUAGAUGAGUCGGAGAGCGCUUCUGAGCAAUCAAAGGACAUCUCAGGCUCUGACUGUGGGACAUCAAGCACUAAAUAUCUGAAGAGGAGGUUCUCAUGCAAAAUAUGUGGCAAAGACUUUGCUCUGGAGAAGAAGCUAAAGAAGCACUCAAAGAAACAUGUAGGAUAUAUGCUUAAGGAUGAAAAGAAAAGAAGACGAGUGCAAACUAAAAUGGAAACGGAGCUUAAGGAAAAAGAAAAAAGGAAAUGGGAGGGAAAAAAGAGGCUUGAUGAUGAGCUGUCAGCAAGUAACAAAAAAACAAAUACUACGCAGACGCCUCAUGGGUCCCCAAACAAAGACACGUUACGGAAAAGCAGAACCAGAGGGCAAGGGCCACUACCAUGCCCAUUUUGUGGCAAAGUUUUUGCUUGGGAAAUGCGGCUGUUGAUGCAUAUGCAGAUUCACUGUGGAGAGAAACCGUACGCCUAUCGGCAGCGCAAGAAACGUUUUUAUGGUGACCUGAAAAGGGGCCGACGCCCGAAAAUCCAUAAUCAGGAGCCUUCGGGGGACAAAAGUGAUGAGUCCGAAGAAUCUGGGAGUGAAGAGACCUUGAAUAAGGACGGAUCUGCACAUCUGAAGAGAAGUGCAACCCGUGCAGUGUCUGGAGCUCUCGCAAGCAGGAAAGCUAUUGAGCAGCCUACCACCUCUUACAAGAGUAAUCAAAGAACCAAAACCAAGCUGGUCAGUGACAUCAUGAGCCACUUCAAUAUGCAGCCCAGGAUCGUCCUACAACCAAUUAUGACAGCAUGCAAGUACUGGAGCUCAGUGCCUGGGGGAGCGGACUCAAAAUCAGGUUGCUCUGAGAAAAGUAGUGGCUCUGGUCAUGAAAAAACCUCAGCACGGGUUGGUGAUGAAAUGGUGGAUGCUGUGAAAGAUAAAAUCGCGGAUUCCAAUCUUUGCACAUUGCCAGUGGAGUUCUCUGGUCAUGGCAUCCAAAACAAGCCUGAAAUAUGCUACAAUGAGACAGAAAUAGUCUGUGUGAAGGUUGGAUCUCCACAGCGUGAUCCAGAAGUAGAGCAUGACAACAUUGGGGGCACACUGGCCUUUGAAUCCUCUGAGGUAAAUAACACAAAGAGUCAACAAAAAGGCGACUGCAACGUUAAUUUUCCUGGUGUUUCAGAAAACACAGCCAGAGACCAGGUACCAUGUAUAGUAAUAGAUGAUGACCUAGAGCAACCAGAUGAAAGAACUGCUGCUGAAAAAAAAGCUCCGUCUGAAUGUGGAAGAAGAAAGUGUGAUUGGAAGUGCGAUUGUAAGAACAUUUCUGCGAUGAAAUUAACCGUAAUGCCACAAAAAAGCGUGUUUCAAUCUUUUUUCAAGGAAACUGGUUCUGGCACCAUGAAGAAGAACGUUGACACAAAAUUAGUUUGUGUUGUCCUCUCCGAUAUUGAAGACGAUUUGGAUGAAGAUGUGUUGACUCCCUCCAAAGGUUUAGAUAAAAAGAAAACUGCCUCUGCUCCUAUCAUUCAAAUUGAUCAAUUAGAUGUGGUGGGCACACCUGGCAAAAAUCCCUCCAGCGACUCCAACUUUCCAGCUCCAGAUGCAACUGACUCUACCAAAUCCAUUGAUGGUGCCUCACAUCAUAUCUCAACUGACCCAGGCAGAGACCAGAUGGCCUCUACUGCCAUUAGACAAACAGAGGACAUGCCCAUGAGUUCAAAGGAGAGAAUGUCAUGUCAAACAUCUGAUACGGUAUUUGCUCGUCCAGAAUCUCUGUCGGAUGUUAAUGUAGACAAGAAACUGCUAGACAUGGAGACUGGCAGUAGCAGUGAGAGAAAAAAUAAGAAACUGGGUCUGAAAAACCAGCUGUGCAAUAGUAGCAGAUUGAAAAAUAAUACGGACUCCAAGUAAAUAUGGACUCAAAAGCAAAUCGGUUCUCAAUCAGCUUCUAGAAAUGUAAAGAGUUAUGUAAAUACUUCAACAGAGAAAUCUCAAUUUAUAUUUAAUUACACUGUUUUCUUGUAAAAAUUUUAACUGUCAGAUGUCAGAAUAGGUUCUGGACGAUUCAGCUGACAACUCUGAUAUCUCAGGGAUGAAUGAACCUUCUGUACAAAAUGUGAAAACCAAUGAGUUAUUUGUGAAAAGUUUUGAAGAAUCCGAAAUGCCCUCAGACUUUCUCACGUCCCAUAAAACCUCUGACAGUGGAUGCAUGACUGCAGUGAGCAGUGGAGGACACAAAAAUAGUAAUGCAAGCACUGUAUUGACAGUUUUGUGGGAAGGCAUGUAGAAAGCUAGAACUGCACCUAGAGUGUGUUCAUGUAAGAGAACCUGAAGUGGUGAAAGCUUUAAGUCUUGACAAAGACUAUAGAGAAAGGAAACCCAUUGUUGAACAGUUUUCUAUUAAAAAGAACUUCAACCAUCCUAGACAUUCUAAAAUGGAUUUUGAUGAAGACAUUGUUCACUGCAUUGCUUUUUUUUGCCAGGAGUCUUAUAAAUGGAACAAAUUUCAGGAGCACGUUUUUAUAUGUAAGCACAACAAAGAAUCCAGCAAAACUCAGGAAGCUUUUGAUGCAGAAUUGGAAAACCUUGCUUCAGAAGCUAUCAGCAUCUACAGACCUUUAGAGCCAACUUAGGCUCCUUUAUCAUUUCUCUCAGAUUUAGGCAGUUGCCUUUUUUUCCAGAAACUAGGAUAUAUGCGGCGAUAAUUUAGUGUCAUAUCAUCCCCAAACUGAUUUGUGAUCCGAAACCCUCAAGUCCUCUUAAUCUUGACUCUUGCCAGAGUUCUGCCCACUGUUUCUAACAUUGACAACAUCAUAGCUCAAGUUGAUCUUGAUGCACAAUUAUUAGAACCAUCUGUUCUUGAUUUUUGCCAGGGUUCUGCAAGAAAUCCUGCUCACUUGGAAUCUUCUUUUAAUACAUCACGGAACCCUGAUGUGGAGAUAAUAGAUCCACCCUUGCUAGAUUCCUGUCAAACAACACCAGUCAUAGAAUCUACAGUUCCAGCCCUUCCUAUUUCAAACUCUGGUUGCAAUGUUCUUCAGCAGUCCCUUAUAAAGCAAACGGAUCCUAACCAACUUGUGAGCCAAUCAUUUUCUUCAGAUUCAGAAGUGUCUUGUGAUCUAGAACCUGAUGGUUAUUCUUUUUUGUGAUACUGGGUGUUGUGACAACCUUCAGCUCUCUUCAAAACCAAAAGUUCCUUCAAGUACUGCAUCCUUAAACACUUAUCCAGAAUCAAAAUGUACUCUUAAUCUAGCUUUGUUUGAUGACACAUUCUUGAUCACCAAUGAGACCGAGCAAACCCAAGAUUCAGAUGUAGAAAGGAACAUCUUCAUGGUCUCUGAUGUCCAUCCAGAAACUGAAAGUCACACUCCAGAUCCUAAUAGCUGUACCACUGAACAAACCCAGUGUAAGCAGCCUGAAAGUAUUGAAAGAACAGAUGUUGGCAGAAGUGGGAAUCGACCUACAGCGGAUCUAGAAUUCAGCUCAAUUCUUUCAAUUCAAGAAAUCAAAUCCGAAGACCUUGAAGAUCACUGAUGAGAAUGGCAAUGUUUGUGCUGUUGAAGUUCAACAUGACAAAAGCAUAUCAGUGACAAGCGAGCAGAAGAGAAAGAGUCUCCCAGAUCAGCUGUCUGAAAGAAGUCAAAGAAAAGUUGUCCAAGUUCUCAUUCCCAGGUUUUUAAUUUUUGAUCCUGAAUGCCACACCAAUUCCACUGAUGACAACUCCAGUGUAUUCAAGACACAUCGCUGCUGUUACUGCAAGCAGCCACAUCAUCGAAUGAUGGAUCAUCUUCAGACAGUUCAUCCUAAUGAACCAGAGGUGGCUAAAGCUCUCACUUUUGACAAGAGCUCACAAGAAAGGAGACAACAUCUGAACCUUCUACAAACUAGGGGAAAUGUUCUAUACAACACGAAUGUGGUUCAAAGUAGUAAACAAGAUUCAAAACCAUUCGGGAAGUUUGCAUCGAGUUGUUCAUUUGAUGAUCGAGUUUAUUGCAUCUACUGUUUAGGGUUAUUUAACAAGAAGUCUUUUGUUUCACAUUUAGAGCAGUGUAAGGGCAAGUCUACUCUAAGUGCUGGCGCUAGCUGUGGUGAAAUGCUUCCUAAUGCUGGACCCAUUCCUCCAACCUCUAUCCUUAUUUCCCCCUCUAGUUCAGAAGCGAUUGAUGCUGAUAUAAAACCAUCAGGUUUUCAUUGCCUAAAUACCCUCUGUGAAGCCCUUCCAGACCUCAGCUGCUAUGAACAAACAGACAUCUCAAGUCCAAAUGAGGAGUUUAGAAACAAUAGACAGGCAGAGGGUGCCAUUUUACAAUUCAGACGUUCUCCGGAAAAUGAAGUAGGUUACGAAUUGGAGUCAUAUAAUUCUCUCAAUCCAAGCACUGGUCAAGAAUCCACAGACUAUAAGUGUGAUGUUGAUCAAGAAAGUGCUAUGACACCAAGAUCGUGCACAAGCUCCAUCGGUCCUCACCCAGAAUACGACGUUCUCAGAAAUGAUGAUCCACUUGAUGAUUUCAGUCCACCUCAAAAUGCCCAAACUGUGUGUAAUGACACACCCAAGAGUAGAGUGAAAGUCCAAACUCGUACAACAGGGAAGAAGAGGAGGAAGAAGACGCGCUCACGUGUCCAUAAUCGGUCACUGCUCAUGGAUGAUGACUUGCUGGGUGAAGGAGAGAUGUUCAACUCAAAACAACAUGUCUGCCAGCACUGUAAGGCAACUUUUGGCAGUCCAUACACGCUGCGAAGACAUGAAUACACUCACACUGGUGAGAGGCCAUUCUGGUGCCAUCAGUGUAAUGUGGGCUUCAUCCAGAAGUAUCGACUUUUAAAGCACAAAUUUGCUUACCAUGAGCUUUGCAUGAACUGUCGAAGGGGUUUCUGUCUGUCUUCAAGGGGACACACCAGACCAGGGAAAACCGAAAAGAGCAAAGAGAUCAAUUCAAGAUGAAGAGACGUCAGUAAGGGAUGAAGCUAGUAUAGAGCCAGCAACAAACAGUCUUGAGGAUUUACCAAAUGCUGUUACAGGAGACACUGGGGGGAAAGUUACAGACACAAGGCAAGACACCGAGCUGAGAGAGUUCCAUUGGGGGAAAGCAGAACACCGUUCAGUCAAAGACCAUGACACAGAUCGCUAGAAGUUAUUGUUUACAUAUUAGUGUUAUGUUUUUUUUAAUGUAAAUGUUUUACAAUGUUAUUUCAAUCUGAUGGAUUCAUUACUUUUAUGGAUUGAUUAAUUUUAGCCCACUCUAUUGUACAGAUCAUAGUGUAUGUUUAAUCAUUAACUUCAGAUUGAGAAUAAAAAAGUUAGAGGAAUCGAA